CGCUCAAACCAUCCAAUGGAAUGUCGCCAUUGUCGUGUAAGCCCCUCCCCCAGCGCUACCCAGUGGGUAAGUGAACUAGAGCGGAUCAAAAACUUGUCGUCAACACGCUUAAUAUCCCCGCUCGGAGAAGUGGGACAUAUACUACUGUGUUUUUCUUUCUCUUCCGGAGCCGAUUAUCUUUUUUUACAUCACAGAUUUGUCUCCGAGAACGAUAAAGAGAAAGGAAAGAUGCCGCUUCUCCACAAAAAGCCGUUCGUGAGGCAGAAACCGCCGGCUGAUAUCAGACCCGACGAAGAAGUCUUCCUCUGUAAAGUCACACAUGAAAUCUUCAGGACCUACGAUGAAUUCUUUGAGAGGACCAUUCUGUGUAACAGUCUUGUAUGGAGCUGUGCGGUGACAGGGAAGCCCGGCCUGACCUACCAGGAAGCCCUGGAGAGUGAGAGGAAAGCCAGACUUAAUCUUCAGAAAUUUCCCAAUGCACUGCUCGUCCCCCUUCUGCACCUGACAGCACUUACACACCGCUCACGUCUGCAUGAGAUAUGCGAUGAUGUGUACGCUUAUGUCAAAGAUCGUUUCUUUCCUGGAGAAAUAGUGGAUGUUGUCACUCGCUCUGGUGCCAGACAACCCUGCAAAAUAUUGGAUGUUACACCUCCUCAUUCCAAUGGCACAGUCAACGGCCAUGUCAGACAUCAUAUAGAGGGAGAUUCGAUUGUUAUCAGUGACAGUGAUGAGGAGCCCACAGUCACUUCUCCCAAAACACCAACUAAUGGCAAGAAGAAGAAAGCCACCAGUCCAUCUUUAUUUAAAUACAGAGUUCAGCCUGUCAGCCCAGAGGGUUGUGAAACUUUAGUGGUAAAAGCUUCUCAGAUUAGUCGUAAGAAGAGUGUUUUUAGUCGAGAUCGAUUGAAGCUGCUUCUUAAGCAGCACUGUGAACCAAUGAAAGGGACCAUCCGACUCAAGCCAUCAACAGUUCUAGAAUACAAGAUAGCCGAACACAGUUUCUCCCACUUCUUCCCGGAUGAGCCGCCAGUGUUUGCCUUCAGUCCACCGGGGAAGGGCAGAGGUUGCCGUCCUAAUGAUACCUCCCCAACAGAGAUGAAUUAUGGUGAGGAGAAAUUCAAACUGAUGCAGCAGAAAGAACAGAUGAUGGCCAUGGAAAAAUUCAAGAAAGAAAGAGAAGAUCUAUUUGAGGCCAAAAGGAAAGAAAAAGAGGACAAGGAGAAAAAGAGAGAGGAGAUGAAGAGGAUAUUAGAAGAGGAGAAACAUAGGCGGAAAGAGGAGAAGGAACGAAUGAGACUUCAGAAAGAGAGGGAACGAGAGAAGCUAAAGGAGGAAAAGAAAAAAUAUGCAGAACGAUUAAAGUUAUGGAGCAAACCUCGAGAGGACCUGGAGUGUGAUGACCUAAAGGAGCUGCCAAAGCCUCUUCCAGUGAAAACACGUCUUCCUCCAGAGCUAUUUGGAGAUGCUCUGAUGGUGCUUGAGUUCCUGAAUGCAUUUGGAGAGCUGUUUGAUCUAAAGGAUGAAUUCCCUGAUGGUGUAACUCUUGAGGUUCUGGAAGAGGCCUUGGUGGGCUCUGAUCCUGAGGGGCCACUCUGUGAACUUCUAUUCUUCUUCCUUUCGGCCAUAUUUCAGGCUUUGGCAGAGGAACAGGAGCAAGUGGCCAAAGACCAGGUGGCUGAAGCGGACACCAAAGAUCUUAGUGAAGCUCUGGAGGAUGACGCUGACCCCACACAGUUUGCCAUCAGCGCUGUGGCAUCUCUUGCUGCUGCCUGGCCACAACUGCACCAAGGCUGUAGUCUGAAGCAGUUGGAUCUGGACAGCUGUACUCUCUCUGAGAUUCUGAGGCUGCAUAUCCUGGCAUCGGGGGCAGAUUGCAUGUCCACCAAUGCAAAGUUUCGCUACCAGAAACAGGGGGGGUUUGGCUCCACAGAUGACCCCUGUGUGGAGCUGUGUCUGUCAAACCAGUGCCUGCUCAAAAAGCUCUCCUGCAUUGCUGUCUAUGACCUGCUGCCUGGAGAGAAGCUAAAGAUCCUCCAUUCUUUGUGUGGAAAACUGCUGACUUUGGUAUCUACAAGAGACUUUAUAGAAGACAAUGCAGACGAGCAGAGAUCUGCCAAGCAGGAAUUGCGAGAGCUUAAAGCUGAACAGCAUCGCAGAGAACGAGAAGAAGCUGCAGAGAGGGUUCGAAAAAGAAAGGAGGAGAAGCUAAGGGAACAGGAGCAGAAAUUGAAAGAAAAACAUGAAAAACUCAAAGAGGAGGCAAGAAAUGGAGACAGUGUUUCAGGAGAGGAGUUGGACAUCAGCACAGAAAGCCAGGAAGGUCAUGCUGAGCAAAACACAGAGGAUGAGGAGGAGCAACCAACCAAAUCUAAGAAAUUAAAGAAAACAGACAACCUCCCGAAAGAGAAACCGGUGGGUGAGGUUGAAAUGAAAGAGAGUCUGAGCCCAGAGGAGUUACAGCAACAGCAGCUCAAAGAGAAAGAACUCCUGGAGCGCAUUCAGAAAGCUAUGGCCUGCACCUACAUCCUGCCUCUCGGCCGAGACCGCCUUUAUCGCCGCUACUGGAUUUUUCCUGCUGCCGGGGCACUGUUUGUCGAGGAAGACUUCUUUGGCCUGACAGAGGACAUGCUAGAUCCCCGUCCUACUCCCGAACCUAAAAUAGAAGAGCUUUCCUCAACUGAGAGCCCUGUUAAGACCGAUGCCAUCACUGAGGACCCAAUGCUGGUCCAGAAUACCUCACCGCCAGUCAACCGGCCUAAUCAGUGGUUCUUCUACAGCACACCUGAGGAGGUAGAGCAGCUCAUAGAGGCCCUAAACCCUCGUGGAAACAGAGAGAGCAGCCUUAAAGAGACACUUCUGCAGGAGAAGGAGCACAUUGUUCAGCUGAUGGAUAGCAAAGCUGUUCAGCGUUACCAUUACUCAGAUGAAUCUCUGCAAGAGACCCAAACCAGCACUUUAAAGCCAAAAGUUGGCCCGUCUUACACACAAAGCACUGUACCUGCUGAGCGCUUCAUGGAGAACCGUCUCAGAGAUCUACUACUGGAUAUUGAGGACCGCAUCUAUCAAGGAACUCUGGGGGCAAUUAAAGUGAUGGACAGAAACUCAUGGAGAGUUGCACUGGAAAAUGGAAACAUUGAACUGCUAAAUCCCCAGUCCAAAGGUAACGGGCUGAUCAACAGAGAAGAGGAGCCAAUGGAGAUUUAUGAGAAUCACGUCAAAGUCAAAGACAGGUUGCAAGAAUUGAAGGCUGAGGGUCAGAGUGCCACGUCCACUGCUGUGAGCACACCACAACCAGUCAAUAACAUUGUCCACUAUUUGGCAUAUGCUCUUGCACAGAUUGAGCAGGGCAUAGAGCGCAAGUUCCUGAAAGCUCCUCUAGGUGAUGAGGAUACCAAGAAAGACCAGAAGUUGAAGAAAAAGGACAAAAAGAAAGAUGACGACCAGUCCAGCGAGAAAGAUGAUGGCAGUGAAAGUGGACGGCAGGUGAAAACUGUGCAAGAACGCUGGCGUGAGUCUUUGUUGUCCUGCUCCAGCUUGUCGCAGGUUUUCUUGCAUCUUUCCACACUUGAGCGCAGCAUAGUCUGGGCCAAAUCCAUCCUCAAUGCCCGCUGUAAGGUGUGUCGAAGGAAAGGAGACGCUGAGAACAUGCUUCUAUGUGACGCCUGUGACAGAGGCUAUCAUAUUUUCUGUGUUCGGCCAAAACUGAAGGCUGUUUUCUCUGAAGACUGGUUCUGUCCUGAAUGCCGUCCCAAACAGCGUUCCCACAGGAUCAACUCCCGUCAGCGUUCCUCUAUUGACUCUGAAGAAGAAAUGGAGGAUGAGGAGGAGUCUGAACAAGAGGAAGAAGAAUCAGAAGAGGAAGAAGAGGAGUCAGAAGAAGAACAGUCAGAGGAGGAAGAUGUGCCCAAGAAGGCUGCUGUCAAACUGCCUCCACGUAGCAAUAAAGGAGGUCGUUUGAACACCAGAUCAAAACAGGCUGAAUCAAGUCAUUCCACUCCUCGCUCACAGCAGAGCACACCCAAACAGAACCAGUCUGCUAAUAAAGGAGGCUCCAAAAACUCAGGGAAGAAGUCCACCCCAGUAUCCAAUGGCAAGCCCCCUCCCCGGGCAGGAAGCCGCUCCAGUGCUCGUCUUAGCCUAGAGGUGCUCGCUGCUAAUGGCACAACCAAAUCCAACCAGUCCAGUCCUACAGCAAAGAAUAACUCUAGGGACUCUAGGAAGAGACCCAGUACUGCAGAGGUCUCCCCAAAAGCCAAGGUCGUUUUGGCUCCAGCCACCACUUCAUCCAAUCGUCGAAGCUCAGGGAGAAACUUAGGCGUCCACGAGCUGUCAGCCUGUGAGCUGCUCACUGUGGACCUGGUCAGACACGAGGACAGCUGGCCUUUCAAGAAACUGGUAUCCAGGACUCAGGUGCCUGAUUACUAUGACAUAAUCAAAAAACCCAUCGCCUUGAGCACAAUCAGGGAAAAGGUUAACAACUGUGAAUAUCAAACUGCUGUGGAGUAUAUCGAGGAUGUGGAGCUCAUGUUUUCCAACUGUCUGGAGUACAACUCUCGCAACACCAAUGAAGCAAAGGCUGGUCUACGGCUCCAGGCCUUCUUCCAUUCUGAGCUUCAGAGACUCGGCCUGGCUGAACGCAUGACUCCUCCACAGAAACGGUCACGGAUGUAAACGGAAGCCCAUCUUCCACACAAACACACCAACUGGCCGAGACUAAAGACCAGUUCAUAAUCUGGUGUCUAAUUAUGUUGUUCUGUGGCAUUUGUGGAAUGUUCAUGAACAUUCCAGUGUGGUGUGAAGAAAAUUCUACAUUGCUCUUGUGAGUGCAAGCAAAACGGCAUAUCAAGCGGCAUUUAUCUUCACAGCUAGUGACAGGACUGUAAAUCGGCCUUUAAUCCUAUGGAGCAAAGAAUAAGUCCUUCACUAGCGGGAGAAAGGAAAAACAACUGUGCUGUGAAUUAAAAAAAAAACAAAAAAAAAAAAACAUUUACAUUGUUUUCUAAAAGGUUUUUUUGCGUUCAAACAUUAACUCAGGACAGAAAGCAUUGUGUCUUUGUCUGCAUUUUCAAAAUGGUGCAUUUUUAUUUUAUUUUUUGUACUUCAACUGUGUUUCUAGACUACUAUUGUGUAUAGAUUUUUACAGACCCGAGUCUUCUAUUUUGAUGAUAAAUUAAGUCUCACAGCUCAAAGGAACAAUCAGAAUUUGUUUUGUAGUUGUAUAGAUUAACUCGGUUCUUUCGUUCAGGUCCCUAUCGCUUGCAUAAACACUAAGUAGGAACCAAAACAUCCCAUUUUGUUGCUUCCCCUUUCAGUGUUUGGUUAUUUAUUAUUAGAUUUAGGUAUAAUUUGUUUGCUUUAUUUAUAUAAUUGUCUUUAUAGGUUAUGUCCCCCAUCACCCUUCUCUUUCAGAAAGAUGUAUGAUUAAAUUUUCUUUUCAUGGGUCUUAAGAUUCAUAUUACUCAGUGUAAUUUUUUUUUUAUGAAUGUAAAAUAAAUUUUGUUCGUAUUUGGCUUGA